GUUGAUGAGAGAUGACAAAGAGGAUGAGGAUCCGAGACUGGGGAUGGCAGGCGAUUUGGUGGCAACAUUUCAUCUUAUUGUGGACAUCAAUACACGGAGAGACCCGCUACAGCAUCCCCGAGGAGAUGGAGGCGGGCUCUGUUGUUGGAAACAUCGCAAAAGACCUGGGUUUGGGAUUAACGGACAUUUUUGAGCGGAAAUUGCGCGUCGCCUCCGAGGCUGGUAAGCAGUUUUUCCGGCUGGACGAGGGGAAGGGAGAGCUGCUGGUGAAUGACAGGAUAGACAGAGAGGCUCUGUGCGGACAAAGCAGCAGCUGCGUUCUUCCGCUGCAAGUAGUCAUUGAGAACCCGUUACAGUUGCAUCGCAUUGAAGUCGAAAUCAGAGAUGUAAACGACAAUGCACCCAGUUUUCUAAACAGCGAUCAUGUCUUAGAAAUAGCCGAGUCCACUGCUGUUGGAGUGCGGUUUCCCUUGGAGAGCGCGGAGGACCCCGACGUGGGGACUAACGGGCUGAAAAUGUACAGUUUGAGCAAAGAUGAGAGUUUUACUCUGAAAGUUAAAGAAAUUGAAAAUGGGCGCAAAAUACCAGAAUUGGUUUUAAGCAAACCUCUGGAUAGAGAGAAAAAGGCUGCUCACACUGUGUUUCUGACUGCGUUAGACGGUGGCAGUCCAGCGAAAUCUGGGACCUCUAAAAUAACUAUAAAUAUUUUAGAUAUUAACGACAACGUCCCUGUAUUCGAACAUUCGUUUUAUAAAAUCGCUGUCAGAGAAAACAGUGACAAUGGCUCUUUUGUUUUAACAACCGCAGCCACAGACAUAGACGACGGAUUAAACGGCGAAAUAGAGUACUCGCUCGGCAUCCACACGCCCCCGUCAGUGCUCUCAGUGUUUCAUAUAGACCCAGUCAAAGGUGAUAUAUUUUUGAAAAAGCAACUUGAUUAUGAAACUCAAUCAUCAUAUCGAUUUGAUGUCAGCGCCAAAGAUAAGGGGUUCCCCAAAAUGGAAGGUCACUGUAGCGUCCAGGUUGACAUAAUAGACGUCAACGAUAACGCGCCAGAAAUUGUUUUGACUUCGGAACCUAGCUCUGUUCCGGAACAUUCUCGUAGCGGCACCGUCGUGGCGCUGCUGAGUGUCCGCGAUGUCGACUCUAGUGACAACGGCAAAGUUACCCUGCAGCUGCCAAAAGGUUCUCCAUUCGCGCUGAAACCAUCAUUCUCGAAUAAUUAUGCUUUAAUUGUAAACGGUUCUUUGGACCGAGAACGCUUUUCUGACUACAGUGUUGAGAUCACAGCCACUGACUCGGGUUCUCCUCCUCUGUCCAGUAAGAAAACUAUACCAGUCACCGUCACUGACGUGAAUGACAACCCUCCUGUGUUCUCUCAGUCCUCUUAUAACGUCUAUUUGAAAGAGAACGGAGUGGCAGGAUCUAUCCUCUUCUCAGUCUCUGCUUCUGACCUGGACUCUGGUGAGAACGCUAAAAUCUCUUACUCCAUUCUGGACUCUAAGGUUCAGGAGGUGUCAGUCUCAUCUUAUGUUUACAUCAACUCAGAUAACGGCAGCAUCUACAGCAUGCACUCGUUUGACUAUGAGAAGCUGAAGGUGUUUGAGAUUCAGGUCCAGGCAAAGGAUCAGGGCUCUCCGUCUCUCAGCAGCAACACCACCGUCCAUGUGUUCAUCCUGGACCAGAACGACAACGCCCCCUCUGUCAUUUACCCGUCCUCUGCUGCCAUGGGCUCCCUCUCUCAUCAGAGGAUGCCCCGCUCCGCUAAAGCCGGUCACCUGGUUACCAAGGUGACGGCCGUGGAUGCCGACUCGGGUCAUAACGCCUGGAUCUCCUACAAAGUGGCGGAGGCCACGGACGCCUCUCUGUUCACGGUCAACCAGUACACAGGGGAGGUGAGGACUAAACGCUCCGUGUCCGAGCACGACGACUCCUCUCAGAGACUCCUCAUAGAGAUCAGAGACGAUGGGGAACCGGUCCAGUCCGCCACCGUCACCGUGUCCAUCCUGCUGGAGGACGGGCUCCAUGAGCCCAUCUUGGACCUGAGACACAAAGUGUCCGAGCCCAGCAAGAAGAGCGACAGACUGGCCCUGUAUCUGAUCCUGUCUCUGGCCUCGGUGUCCGUGCUGUCGCUGGUGACCUUCCUCAUCUUAGCGGUCAAAUGCAUGAGGAGCAGCAGAAGCAGCGGCGCUUGCUGCAUGAGACGCUCAGACUGUGAGGAUUACAAGAACCCCAACAGAAACCUGCAGAUCCAGCUCAACACUGAUGGACCUAUCAAGUACGUGGAGGUCCUGGGAGGAGACAUGAUGUCUCAGAGUCAGUCCUUCAGGUCCUGCAUGUCUCCCAUGUCAGAGUACAGUGAUUUCACGCUGAUCAAACCCAGCAGCACCACUGACUUUAAGGAGGUGAUCAGUGUCCUGGAUGCUUCUUUACCGGACAGCACCUGGACCUUUGAGAGCCAGCAGGUGAGCAGAAAGUAGUUUGAUUUUUUUUUU